AUGUCAUGGUCUGGCCUCCGGGGCCUCAACAUAGCCCUGAGUUAUGGCCUACCCCUGAUCCCCUGGCUCUGGGCCACCUCCCUCAUAGCCACCCUGAAUCAGAUGCACUGGCCUCCAAAGUGGCCACUUCCAAAGCUGGACCCCACAAAAGGCCAGCCACAGCUGAAGGGUGUGGUUCUGCGCACAUUCAUUUGUAAACCCAAGAAGCCCAACUCAGCCAACUGCAAGUGCUGCUGCAUUCAGCUCAGCACAGGCUGUGAGGCCAUCUGCUUUAUCUCAGCAGAGGGCCACAGCCUGCAAGAGCAGCAUGUUGUGCUUGUGCAAGGUGGGUGCACCCAGGACCUGCCUGGUGUCAAGCUCAAGGUUGUGCAUGGCGAGUAUGACUGUGGCCAUGUACAGAAGAAGAAGUGA